UCAUAUUGGCUGCUCUAUCAGCGACUGCAGACUAUGUUUACCUGCAGUUGCUGGAACCACGAGUCACUGACUCCCUUUACAACUUAUCGACGGCAAAAAUUGGCUCUGAGCUAAAUUAUACGUUCUUUCACACGAAGUUGGUUCCAACAGUACCGCCCAGUGCAUGCUCACCAAUCGAAAAUUCGUUUGAGGUGAGCAACAACAUUGCGUUUGCAAUUCGCGGGUAA